UCGUCAGAGAGAGUGAGAUAAGCGGAGAACGGAGGAGAUUAUAAAGUAUAUGUUCGUAUUUCAUAGUUGUGUUUGCCUCGUGGCCAACUCACGCAUAAGUUGUUCAGAAAGAGUGUGUGUUAACGCGGCGGACAGAAUCAUACUACUCGUACAGACAGUACACACAACGUGGUCUUCCUAUAAAUGCGUCCGCGUUCGUUCACGACGUACCAGUCGAGGUUGGUUGGGUGGGUGCAAGGUACGCACGCGCCAACCUAUCGCACCCAAACACCAACACACAAUAUAUAUAUUUCAUUAGCUUUAUUUAUAUCAUUGUUUUUUUUUUUUUUUAAAUCCAAUUCCUAACACGUUCUCUUUGUAUUUAUAUACAUACAUUCCUUUCUUCUUUGCUUCCUUCCUUUCUCGUGUCACUCGUGUCACAGUUUUAGUUAACAAUGACGCGAAGAUUUAUCGUAACGCAGGAUGCAUCAUCAAAUUAUAUCAAUGAACGAGGAUAAAUUGUAUAAAACAGUGUUUUACUCGGGUAACAGUUUGAUCGAAAGAGAAGAGAAGACAAUUCUACUGGGAAAUAUCAAAUUUAUCGAUUGAUAAAUGAAAAGUGUCAUAUACGAAAGUUUGUUAUAUCGUGUGAAUCGUAUUGAGUUUUAUUAAUACAAGAAAUAUUAUAAUAAAAGUUAGUGAACUGUUGUAAAAAAGAGAAAAAAAAUUGGAGAAGUAGAUCGUAGAAAUCUAACAAGAACAUUUUCAUCGAUCAUUCAUUUGUAAAAUUAAUUUCGUAAUAUUAAUAUAUCGUGAAAACGAGAACUGUAGAAUUGUUCUUUCAUUUUUAUUAUAUAUAUAUAUUUUUUAAUAUUAGUUAUUGACGUGCAAAAAGAAGUGUAAAUUAAAAAUCGUAAGAAUCGAUCAAAGAAGUUUAAUCGAUAAUAAGUUGAUUGGUGAUAACAUUGACCGUUAGUUGAUUUAAACUUCAAAAUAAUUGAAAAUUCAUUUCUUUCUUUAUUACAAGAAAGAGAAUCGAAUGUUGAUUAAUUUUUCUUUUUUUGUCUCAUUGUCCAAUGUUUAUGUACACGCGUUAUAUUUACGUUGUGCAUGUUCAUCGAUACUCGAGUUUUGAUUUAUAACCGCAAUACCUACCUCACGUGCUACGAUCGCAGAUCGAUUACUAAGAGUUUCAGUGACAAGUAAAUCGAUACUACAUCGUCGUCAUCACUUGACUCGUUUAAAAAAAGUCAACGUAAAAUACGCGAUUCGAUUUAUCGAUUGAAAAUUGUUCAUUUUUUCAAACGUGAUACUUUAUCUAUGAUCACCAAUUAAAUCGUUAAAUCUUUUAACAAUAUUAUUCCUAGAACACGAGUUGUUAUCGUUUGGAAUGUUAAACGUUCGUGACCGUAGAAACAUUCUUUUCUUAUCGGAUUAGAUUAGAAUUUUUUUUACGUAGAUAAAAAAAAAACAAAUUUCGUGACUAUCAAAAAAUAAAAAGUUUGCGCGAAAUAUCUUUCGUUUUAACCGAGUCAACAACAACAAACGAAAAAGUAAUAUUUUAUUCAAUCGUUAUCGAAUAAACAAUUACAAAACACAAAAAGGAUUUCAAGAUGUUGCAAUUGUUAAAAGGAUUUUUAGAUCCUUUCGUUUUGAUUGGACUAUUAUUAGGCAUUUUGUACUUUUAUUUUACUGCUACGUUUAAUUUUUGGGAAAAUUUAUGCGUCCCGUUUAAAAAACCGACAAUUUUGCUCGGCAAUUUUGGACCUUUGUUAUUAUUUCGAAAAUCACAACCGGAAGGUAUAAAGGAAAUGUACGAAUGGUUUAAAAAUGAAAAAUUCUUCGGUGUAUAUCGUGUCAGAUCACCGAUAUUAAUUCUGAGGGAUCCGGAUCUUGUGAAGAGCAUCUGUGUUAAGGAUUUCGUAUGUUUCGCUAAUCGUGGCAUACCAAUCAAUAACUCUCAGGAUCCAUUAUCCGGUCAUCUGUUCAAUUUGGAAGGAAGACAAUGGAAAGGAUUGAGAUCGAAAUUGACACCUACCUUUUCUUCGGGCAAACUCAAACGAAUGUUUUAUUUAUUGGCCGAAUGUUCCGAAGAAUUUCGAAUACUUAUAAACAAAGCAUGUGAAAACAAAACGGCCGUUGAAGUUCGCGAGCUUGCAGCUAAAUUUACAAUAGACGUCAUCGGUACUUGUGCAUUCGGCAUACAAAUAAAUGCAUUGACCGAUGAGGAUUCAGAAUUUCACAGGGCUGCGAAAAAACUUUCAAGGCCAAGUUACAAGGCAACCUUAUGGAGAAUGCUACGUACAGCCAUGCCUAAGCUCUACAAGUUCCUAAACGUUCAGGUUAUUGAUCCUGAGGUCACCAUGUUUUUCAAGAACGUUGUCUCUCAGAUGAUCAGACAACGUGAGAUCAGUGACCAGAGGAGACAUGAUUUUAUGGAUCUUUUGGUUGAACUGAAGAACAAAGGUAACUUGGAAAACGACGCUGGAUCGAUAACUCAAUCCUUGAACGAAGAUGAUGUUCAAGCUGCUAAAGAAAUAGUACUCGAUGAAAAUUCCAUCGCUGCCCAGGCAUUCGUUUUCUUCGUAGCUGGUUAUGAAACUUCAUCGAACACAAUAGCCUUCUGUUUGCACGAAUUGGCAUUGAAUGAAGAGAUUCAGGAGAAAACCAGGCGAGAUAUCAACGAUGCCAUUAAUAAACGAGACGGAAAAUUAACUUACGAUGCCGUACAGGAUAUGAAAUAUCUGGACUUAGUUAUCCUAGAAACUCUUAGAAAGUAUCCACCAGCUCCGUUACUUUCUCGAAGAUGUGAGUACACCUAUCAAAUACCUGGUAGCGAAGUAAAACUUCCAGCUGGAAUGAGAGUAGUCAUACCAAUUUACGGUCUCCAUCAUGAUCCAGAACAUUAUCCAGACCCUGAGGUAUUCAAUCCUGACAGAUUCAUUGACGAAAACAAACGAACGAGACACCCAUACACUUAUCUUCCAUUUGGUGAAGGUCCACGUGCUUGUAUAGGAAUCCGGUUUGCACUAUUGCAAAUAAAAAUUGGAAUAAUUUCUUUCUUAAGAAGCCACGGAGUUCAGGUUUCCGAUAAAACGGUUCAUCCAAUCAAAUUUAGCAGACGUAGUCUCGUUACAACCAGCGAAAAUGGUUUUUGGCUUAACAUUACAUCAGAAUCCGAAAAUUCUUAAAUUAUAUUUAUCUAACCAUUAAGUUGCAUGUACUUAACAUUAUUAUUAUUAU